AUUUCUCAGACAAGAAUGGCGGACAAACCAAGCAGAUCACUGGUUUUGUACGGAGACGGCUUGGCUCGAUUCGUCGAUCCGUCAAAUACCCACAUCCAUUCUCUUGCUUCCGUCGGUAGCUGUGGCUUCUUGAGCCUUCCUAAUGCACCUCCAGAAACUGAGAAUGAGAGGACAGUUCGAGAAUUCGCCCAUUUUCUGGAUGCAUCAGAAGCUUAUUCGAUAGCUAAUGGACUAAAACCUAAGGGAAAUGGAAAUGAAAUCUCAACUUUGGCCGAAAGGUUUAUGGGACUCAAGGCUGCUUUAGUAACGGACAGUUCUACUCUGACUUCUUUCGGAAAACUGAUUGGCUUAGAUGUAUUACAACUUAGUGAAAUAUGCCAAGAGAGUGAUUCCUUUCCUUCUGAUGCCACAUCAUCUAAAUUACUAAAGCUACUUGGAUUUGAAGGAGGAAAGUGCUUGGAUGUGAGCCUAUAUGACUCGGUUUUUGUGCAUAUCGGGGUUGAUCAAUAUAAUAAUGGGAACAACAACAUGGGAAUUAUCGACUCUUUGAUUGGUAGUAUUAUGAGAAUGGCUCAACCAGGUUCAGAGAUUGUAUCGCGGUUGCACCUGUCUCUCGUUCUUAGCUAUGGUUCUGUCACAGACAAAGAUGUUUCAGUUUUUCCCAUCAAGACUCCACAAGAAGACAUUAACCCGGCAUUUGCAGGACUUGUCCCGCGUCAGAGCUACACCAUGCGAGGUGAAAAGACACGGGAUGAUGUUCGGCACUACUGUCCUAUGUUGGUAGCUCAGUGGCAGCAUGCUGUGACCCGGAAAGACUUAGUUGAUACAUUGUCAUUUGAAACUCUUAAAAAGCUCUCUGGAAAUCUUGUUAUACCGGCUGAUCGGUUCAUCCAUGAAGUUGCUUUCAAACUUUGGAAGGCCCCAAAAUAUGGAGCUUAAGCAAAAAUAGAUUUCAGGUACUUUG